GUUUGACUGUUGAAUAGGAGUUUGCUAUAUCGUCCGCCAACUUCGGUAUUCAUUCACGGGACAACUUAGAAUAUAUAGCAAAUCGAGCUGAAAUUCGCUUUGUUUGCUUACCUUUGGUAGCUUCUAGUUGUAGUUGAACUACCGUAGGGUGAUUCAAAGGAAGUUAUAAUAGUGACAGUGCAAGUUUUUGAAAGUACUACCUGUAGAGUUGCGGGGAAGGAGCUCGGAGACCCCCUCAAAACUUCGCUCGUUUGUUUUGGUCGUUUUAACAUGGCUACUAUCGUCGUUUAAUCCGUCUACAAGACUCGUAAACUACAAGGACAUCAUGGACCGAGCACGGUUUGUAGAGACUCCUAUAAAGAGUUGCAGCCAGACCCGCGGGUUGCCUGGUUUGCCUCCACUACCAUCAACGUUAACAGAAGAACCAUCAGAUCUGUAUCAGAUCGUUCUCCGCAAUAGUGAGCACCCGCCGAUUAUGAAAGGUACAUCAUGGACGCUAGCAGCACCUUUCAAAGAACAGAAGUACCACCGUACUCCGAGUGAAUCCAUUGCUAACAAUUACACGCCAACAGCCAGCGACUUAAAGAUAAGGAGUUUACUGAGACCCGGUCUAACCAGGGCGCAGACACAGCCUGCCAUCUCUAGGAAACGAUCUCACUCACCAUCUAAACGAUCGCCAAAUUCACCGCCACCGUCCAAGCUUUCACCGCGUAAUGGCGUUAAUGGGACUUUUACCAAUGGUAGCCAUCCAUCUAAUGGGAUACCUGCACAGCCUAGAAUGCCGGGGAUGGGACAGAGAGCAAAAACUUUUGUUGGUGGGAGAGGAGCAAAACAACAUAAUGGAGCUGAUAUCGAUUUGAGUUGGAGACAGGAGUUACCACCAAGUCGUCCAAUGACUCCCGUGGAGCAGAUGGAUAUUAUUUUAGACUGUGAGAAAAAAGAAGCAGAAGUGCUUGGAGAUCCCAAUGAAAGAGAUAUAGAGCGUUACCACUACUACAUUACAAAGGGCAUCCACAACGACAUGCUGGCGCCGCAACCACGGGACCUCAUGGAACAUGUACGCAGCAGAUUACCUCACAAGAUCAAAGAUAACCCUGAACUGGAGGGGAUGAGGAAAGAUCUAGUCAGUGAAAUCGACAGUGACUUUGAUUUCAGUCUUAGAAAAUCAAUAGUUGACUAUAUUCUGAAGGAUGCCAAUGAGAAAAAAAGACUACACAUUGACUGGAUUCCACGAUCAUUUCCAUGGAGGACGAUCCGCGCUCCAGUACCAUGGCAUCAGAGCUAUGCAGAGUCCAAAGGAUUGAAUGAGACCCAUUUAUUUAUUACAAAUCCUAUUAUGUUAGAAUUACAGAAUUUAUGGCACAACAGAUUUGGCAGUCUGAGGUUUGUCCGUUUAGAGGACCUCAUGGCAGCCGAGCUACCCCUGUUGCCAGCAGAGUUUGAAGAGCUGGUAAAGCGGCACUGCAGGGAAGCACAUGCUACACUGAAAACAAGUUGGAUUCCAGCAUGUGCGCAGUUGUUUCAACAGCAGAAAGAAGACUGGGCAUUUCUUGUGCCUCCACCAGACUCCAAUGAGUCUACCAUCCGAAUUCAAGAGUUCUUUGCAUGUGUGGCUGCCCUCAUGUCAAUCCAGUUACGUGGCAUGGUCAUAAACUCUCUCCAUGAUUUUCUAGAAUUUUUUAGAAUCCAUCAGGAUGGCAAUGAUUUUGGUGAAGAAUACGAUGAACUUCAGUACAACAUGGCACAGGUCAUGAUUAUCAAAUUAAAAGUUGAAGAACCUAAGAUUGUGUUCGAUCCUCCAUUCAGGGAAUGUAGAGACAUCAUACUCAGAUGCUUCUCUGAAAUCAUUGCUAGUGCAGAGGGCCUUCAAAGGGUGGAAUGUGAUAUUUUCCCGGACCUGAGGAAUCAAAGAUUAGUUCUCAGGGCAGUGAAAAUUGAUGAACAGCUGGUGACAAACUUCAUUGAUGAAGCCAUGCAGAUAUUCAAAUUUAACACAGUAGGACCCACUAGAUAUUUGAACACAUACAAGAAAUACCAUGAGUUGCUGAACAACAAAGCGGAGCAAGAAGUGACAGCAUUCUUGAAAGAGCAGCACUCGCUGGAAGCCUUCCGUAAAAAGAUUGAUGGUCUACAAUCCUUGAAGGAGGAGAUAGCGUUGCUGCGGAUUACAGUGCCACUCAGCAUGUUCUGCUUGGACUGUAUUAACCUUAAUAUGGAUCUGUGCGCUAGAUCCCAGAAACUCAAAGAUAAACUGGUUGCUUUUGAAAUUGAUGAGAAUCGAAAACUCAACAAAGACAUUUGUCGGCGGUAUGAUGAGAUUUCCGACAAAGUCAGUGAGACACCAGACAACACAGAUGAACUUGUACAGUUAGCCGACUUCUUGAAACAAGCAACAGAUGUGUUAGUGUAUAAACUGAAGGAUGAGAUUGAAGAGGCUGCCAAUAGAUUGGACUUUCUUCUUGACUAUGCAAACCUUCCUUUUGAGGAUAUAAAACUAAACAGUAAUGUCUUCCACUGGCCUGACUACAUCCAAACUGUUUUUGAGUUGGCCAAGAAUCGUCUGACCAACCGUCGAGAAACGGCUGAGGAGGAGGUUCGUAAGAAGGUUGAAAACUUUGAAGCCAAAUUACAAGAAUAUAACAAGGAAGUGGAAUCCUUUAGAAAGAAGGAGAUUAUGAGCAUGGAUGAAAUGAAAUCAAACGUGGAGCAAUUAAGCAACAUACAGAAGAAACUUGAAGAUGCACGAGAUGAGCUGGAGUCCCUGAACAAAGAGGAAGAACUGCUGGAAUGGGAACCAACGCAGUUCCCGAUAUUGCAGUAUAUGUUCCAGCUGAAGGCUCCUUAUGAUCAGCUGUGGAACACUGCAUUGAAGUUCCAUACCAAUUUUGAAUUCUGGAUGAAUGGUCCUUUCCUGGAUUUGAACGCGGAGCAAGUGGAAGAAGAAGUCGGUAAUAUGUGGCGUAACAUGUACAAACUGGCCAAGUCUUUCAAUGACCAGCCAGGCCCACAGAGAAUCGCUAACAACGUCAAGGGAAAGAUUGAUAAAUUCAAACAACAUCUUCCGUUGCUUUCCGUCAUCUGUAAUCCUGGUAUAAGGGAUCGGCAUUGGGAACAAAUGAGUGACAUUGUAGGAUAUGAUUUGAAACCAGAGGCGGACACCUCAUUAUUUCAAAUGGUAGAAAUUGGACUUGUAAAGCACUUGGAAAAACUGGACGAGAUUGGUGCUGCUGCCAGCAAAGAAUAUUCCUUGGAGAAAGCAAUGGAGAAAAUGAAAGCAGAGUGGGCUGGUGUGGAAUUUGAAUUUGUACCGUACAGAGACUCUGGUGUUUCUAUUUUAUCUGCUGUGGAUGAUAUCCAGAUGUUGUUAGAUGAUCAUAUUGUUAAAGUACAGACCAUGAGAGGAUCACCAUUUAUUAAACCAUUUGAAGUAGAAAUGAAGGAAUGGGAAGAGAAACUUGUCACUAUGCAAGAUAUCUUAGAUUCUUGGUUGAAAUGCCAGGCUACUUGGCUUUACUUGGAGCCUAUCUUCAGCUCGGAAGACAUCAUGGCUCAGAUGCCGGAGGAAGGCAGGAAAUUUGGUAUUGUGGACAGCUACUGGAAAGAUAUCAUGACGGAAUCGAUCAAGAAUACCCAGGCCUUGGUGGUCACAGCACAGCCAAACAUGUUAGGAAGACUAAAUGAGUCCAAUUUACUGUUGGAAGAGAUCCAGAAAGGACUUAAUAACUACCUGGAAAAGAAAAGAUUGUUCUUCCCAAGAUUCUUCUUUCUGUCCAACGAUGAACUGCUGGAAAUCCUGUCAGAGACCAAAGACCCAAUGCGUGUCCAACCGCAUCUCAAGAAAUGCUUUGAAGGUAUCGCUCGACUGGAGUUCACUGAAGACACUGAAAUCACUGGAAUGAUCAGCUCUGAGAAUGAAGUUGUGCCAUUUCCAACUAAGAUUUAUCCAGCUAAAGCCAAGGGCAUGGUUGAAAAAUGGUUAGUACAAGUGGAGGAAAUCAUGAAAAGCAGUUUGAGGAAGAGUCUUGGUGAUUCUGUCGAGAAUUAUACACAGACAGAACGUACAAAGUGGGUCGUAGAUUGGCCGGGACAGGUGGUGCUCAAUGUUAGCACUACAUUCUGGACAAAGGAAGUAGAAGAAGCCAUCCAUAAUAACACAUUACAGAGCUACUUAGAGAAGAGCAAUGACAACAUACAGGAUGUUGUUGCCAUGGUACGUGGUAAACUCGGCAUGGGUACUCGUAUCACACUUGGUGCACUGAUUGUAAUUGAUGUACAUGCUCGUGACGUGGUUGCCAAACUAACUAGCGACAAAAUCAGUGAUCCUGCCGACUUCCAGUGGAUUAGUCAAUUGCGUUACUACUGGGAAACUGAUCGUUCCAUGGUUCACAUGAUCACCACUGUACUUGAAUAUGGUUAUGAGUACCUUGGUAACGGUGGCCGAUUGGUUAUCACACCCCUUACUGAUAGAUGUUACAGGACAUUGAUGGGAGCCUUGAAACUGAAUCUUGGUGGUGCUCCUGAAGGACCUGCUGGUACUGGUAAAACUGAAACCUCCAAAGAUUUGGCCAAAGCUGUUGCUAAACAGUGUGUUGUCUUCAACUGCUCUGAUGGUCUGGAUUUUAAAGCCAUGGGGAAAUUUUUUAAAGGUUUGGCGCAAGCUGGUGCCUGGGCUUGCUUUGAUGAGUUCAACAGAAUUGAACUUGAAGUGCUAUCUGUGGUGGCCCAACAAAUUCACAGUAUACAGCGUGCUAUUGCAAUGCACCUCAAACUGUUUAUAUUUGAAGGAACUGAGUUGACUCUAGAUCCGUCAUGUACUAUCUUCAUCACUAUGAAUCCUGGUUAUGCCGGCAGAUCAGAAUUGCCAGAUAAUUUAAAGGUACUGUUCCGUACAGUGGCUAUGAUGGUUCCCGAUUACGGCCUGAUCGCUCAAAUCUCUCUCUAUUCCAUGGGCUUUGUAGAGGCUCAGAGCUUGGCUGGCAAGAUUGUAGCUGUGUAUCGUCUCUGCUCUGAACAGUUAUCUUCCCAACACCACUACGAUUACGGGAUGAGAGCUGUCAAGUCGGUGUUGACAGCCGCUGGUAACUUGAAGUUGAAAUAUCUGCAGGAGAAUGAGGCUGUUUUGGUGCUCAGGGCCAUCAAAGAUGUCAAUUUGCCCAAAUUCUUGGCACAAGAUGUGCCACUAUUUGAAGGUAUCAUUAGUGAUUUGUUCCCUGGUGUAGUACUGCCAACACCAGACUAUGAAGUUUUCCUUGAAGCUUUGAAAGAUAAUAUAUUGAAGAAAAAUUUGCAGCCAGUGCCUUGGUUCAUUGAGAAAAUUAUACAGGUUUACGAAAUGAUGUUGGUGCGUCACGGUUUUAUGAUAGUCGGCGAACCACUGGGAGGUAAAACGUGCAACUGGCAAGUACUUGCAUGUGCCCUAGGAGAUCUACAUACAGCAGGUUUAAUGGAAGAAUACAAGGUUAUUUACAAGAUUAUCAAUCCCAAAGCCAUCACUAUGGGACAGUUGUAUGGAUCAUUUGAUCCAGUAUCUCAUGAAUGGUCUGAUGGUGUGCUGGCCAAUACUUUCAGAGAGCAAGCAAGCUCUACCACUGACGACAGGAAGUGGAUUAUGUUUGACGGACCUGUGGACGCUGUCUGGAUUGAAAACAUGAAUACAGCGUUGGAUGACAACAAAAAGCUCUGUCUGAUGAGUGGUGAGAUUAUCCAGAUGAACAAUAAAAUGAAUCUGAUUUUUGAACCGGCUGAUCUAGAACAAGCUUCUCCAGCCACUGUCAGUCGAUGUGGUAUGAUCUACAUGGAGCCACAUCAGCUUGGGUGGAUUCCUUCCAAAGACUCCUACAUGAAAACAUUACCAGAGAACCUGACUCAGGAACAGCUGGAGCUGGUGGAAGAUUUGUUUAGCUGGCUGGUCCAGCCGUGUCUUGAUUUUGUAAGGUUUGAGUGCAAGAAUUUUAUACAGACCUCUGAUAUCCAUCUUGCCAAGUCUCUGAUGAGUCUGUACUCCUGCCUUAUGGAUGAAAUUCGAGAAAGUGGCAAAGAAGGUCAGGAAGGAGGGCUGACCAAUCAACAGAUUACAUUGUGGCUGCAGGGUUUGUUUCUCUUUUCACUCGUCUGGACCAUUGGUGGUACUGUGGACGGUAAUGGAAGAAUCAAGUUUGAUCAGUACUUCAGAACUCUUAUCAGUGGCACAGUCCAGGAACACCCAAAACCUAAGAGUAUCAAGAUUACAAAGAGCAAUUCAUUCCCAGAACGUGGUACCGUCUAUGAUUUUUAUUUCUACAAACACGCCAGUGGUCAGUGGGCAGACUGGAUUGACUAUAUUGAGAGGGGGGUGGGAAAAUUAGAAAUUCCAGCCAAGGCAAAGGUGAGUGACUUGAUCAUCCCAACCAAUGAGACGGCAAGGCAGACAUUCUUCAUGAAGACGUAUCUGGAUCAUGAGGUGCCGCUUUUGUUUGUUGGCCCUACUGGUACUGGUAAAUCAGCCAUUAUCAACGCGUACCUGGUCAGCUUACCGAAAGACUUGUAUAUCCCCAACAUGGUGAACUUCUCAGCACGUACAUCAGCCAGUCAAAGUCAAGAUAUUAUAAUGUCUAAACUAGACAGACGUCGUAAGGGUGUAUAUGGACCACCAAUGGGUAAGAAAUGUAUCCUAUUUGUGGAUGAUUUGAACAUGCCCGCGAAGGAGAAAUAUGGAGCGCAGCCACCGAUCGAAUUACUGCGUCAGUGGGUGGAUCAUGGUCAUUGGUAUGACAAGAAGGACACCACAAAACUAGAACUAACAGAUGUACUACUUGUGUCUGCCAUGGGACCACCCGGUGGUGGUAGAAAUGAUAUAACGAGUCGAUUCACACGACAUAUGAAUAUCGUAUCUAUAGACUCAUUUGAUGACACAACAAUGACGAAAAUAUUCAGCUCUAUUGUGGAUUGGCAUUUUGGCAAAGGAUUUGAAGGUUCAUUUGUUAGACUUGGCAAGAUCCUAGUACAAGCCACUAUGGCUGUCUACAAAAGUGCAGUAGAUAACUUCUUACCAACACCGACAAAAUCUCACUAUGUGUUCAAUCUUCGAGACUUUGCCCGUGUGAUCCGCGGUGUUUUACUAAUGCCCCAUACCCACUUAACUGAGGGUGAUAAAUUGACUCGUCUCUGGAUCCAUGAAGUCUACAGGGUGUUUUAUGACCGUCUGAUUGAUGAGAAAGACAGGGAAACCUUCUUUGACAUUAUAAAGGAGAUGACACAGUCACACUUCAAAGUUAGCAUUGACAAGAUACUCAGUCAUCUCUCACCGAGUGGGAAAGUCAUAGAUGACAACAUUAGGAGUUUAUUUUUUGGUGACUAUAUGAAUCCAGAUUCCGACACCAAAAUCUAUGAUGAGGUCGUGGACAUCAAGGAGUUGACCACAGUGAUGGAGCACUAUCUGGAUGAGUACAAUGCUAUGAGUAAAACACCAAUGUCUCUGGUCAUGUUUAAAUUUGCAAUUGAGCACAUAUCUCGUGUGAGUCGUGUGCUCAAACAGGACAAUGGACAUGCGCUGUUGAUAGGUAUUGGUGGUAGUGGCAGACAGAGUGCCACUAAGCUGGCCACUUUCAUGGCCGACUAUGACUUGUUUCAGAUUGAAAUUACCAAGAAUUAUACACACUCUGAAUGGAGAGAAGACAUCAAAAAGUUGAUGGUGAAGACUGGUGCUGAAGGUAAACAGACUGUGUUUUUGUUCAGCGAUAAUCAGAUAAAAGAUGAAUCUUUUGUUGAAGACAUCAAUAUGAUUUUGAACACUGCUGAUAUUCCUAAUUUAUUCCCUGCUGAUGAGAAAGCAGAAAUUAUUGAGAAAAUGCAGACUGUAGCCAGGAAUGAGGGUAAAAAGAUUGAUGCCACACCUUUAGCAAUGUACAAUUUUUUCAUUGAGCGAGUCAGAGCUCAUCUCCACGUUGUGUUGGCAUUCUCACCGAUUGGUGAUGCAUUCCGUAACAGGUUACGUCAAUUCCCGUCUUUGAUCAACUGCUGCACCAUUGACUGGUUCCAGGCUUGGCCACAAGAUGCUUUAGAGAUGGUGGCCAAUAAAUUUUUAGAAGAAAUUGACCUUGAUGAUGACAUACGGAAGGCAUCAGUAGCCAUGUGUAAACACUUUCACGAAAGUGUUCGCAAGCUGUCAGAGUUAUUUUUUGAAACUCUGCAGCGACACAACUAUGUCACCCCAACCUCCUACUUAGAGUUGAUCUUGACCUUCAAAUUGCUACUCUCCAUCAAACGAAAAGAGGUUAUAACCUUGAGAGACCGCUACCUCACUGGUCUUGAUAAGCUGGCUUUCGCUGCAUCUCAGGUGUCCGUGAUGCAGCAAGAGCUGACUGACCUCCAACCGCAGUUGAUAAAGACCUCAGAGGAGACAGAGAAGCUGAUGGUGGUAAUAGAACAGGACACUGUGGAGGUUGAAGCCAAAAAAGAGAUCGUGGCAGCCGAUGAAGCCGUCGCUAACGAAGCUGCUGGAGUAGCCCAGGGAAUUAAGGAAGAAUGUGAAGGGGAUUUAGCAGAAGCAAUACCUGCUUUAGAGGCAGCCAUAUCUGCCCUCAAUACACUCAAGCCCAAUGACAUCUCCAUGGUGAAAAGUAUGAAAAAUCCGCCAUCUGGUGUGAAACUGGUGAUGGAAGCUAUUUGUAUCAUGAAAGGUGUCAAACCAGAGCGAAAACCGGAUCCAUCUGGAUCUGGCAAGAUGAUUGAAGACUUUUGGGGCCCAUCUCAGAAAGUGCUCGGUGACAUGAAAUUCUUAGAAAGUCUGAAGGUUUAUGACAAAGAUAACAUUCCGCCAGCUUACAUCAAGAAAAUCAGAGCAAAUUAUAUUCCUAAUCCUGAGUUUGAUCCUACAUCAAUCCGUAAUGUAUCUAUGGCAUGUGAAGGUCUCUGUAAAUGGGUGAGAGCGAUGGAUGUCUACGAUAGAGUGGCAAAGAUUGUAGCUCCAAAGAAAGCUAAGUUGGCAGAAGCUGAGGGUGAACUAGCCGUGCAGAUGGAAAAAUUGAAUGACAAGAGAGCCCAGCUGAAGGAAAUCACCGAUAAACUGGAUGCCUUGAAUGCAGAAUUUGAUGCAAUGAUGGUAAAGAAGGCAGAGUUGGAGCGCAACAUUGAGAUCUGUUCUCAGAAAUUGGUUCGUGCUGAAAAACUUAUUGGUGGUCUUGGCGGUGAGAAAGAACGCUGGAGUGCAGCGGCUAAAUCACUUGGUGAACUUUACAUCAAUAUCACCGGUGAUGUGUUAUUGUCAGCAGGCGUGGUAGCUUAUUUAGGAGCAUUUACAGUUGAUUACAGACAGAAAGCCACAGCAGAGUGGCUUGAAUUGUGUCAAAAAAUGAAGAUUCCCUGUUCUGAUGUAUUUUCUCUGAACUCAACCCUGGGUGUGCCUGUUAAGAUCCGUGCCUGGCAGAUUGCUGGUCUUCCUGUGGAUUCUUUCUCCAUUGACAAUGGUAUUAUUGUGGAUAAUGCAAGAAGAUGGCCCCUCAUGAUAGAUCCACAAGGCCAGGCAAAUAAAUGGGUGAAAAACAUGGAGAAGGUCAACAAACUUUCCAUCAUCAAACUUUCUGAUGCCAACUAUGUGAGAACCUUGGAAAACUCCAUCCAGUUUGGUACGCCAGUAUUGCUUGAAAAUGUUGGUGAAGAGUUGGAUCCGAUCUUGGAACCUGUGUUGCUGAAACAGACCUUCAAACAGCAGGGUGUGGAGUAUUUACGUCUUGGUGAAAACCUAAUUGAAUAUUCGCAUGACUUCAAAUUCUAUAUUACCACACGGCUGAGAAAUCCCCACUACCUGCCUGAGAUCUCUGUUAAAGUGACCUUGCUGAAUUUCAUGAUCACUCCACUGGGUCUCCAAGACCAGUUGCUCGGAAUUGUCGCUGCCAAGGAAAAGCCGGAGUUGGAAGAGAAGAAGAACCAGUUGAUUCUGGAGAGUGCUGCCAACAAGAAACAACUCAAGGAAAUUGAGGACAAGAUCUUAGAGGUCUUGUCAUCGUCCGAGGGGAAUAUCUUGGAAGAUGAGACUGCGAUUCAGGUCUUGUCUUCUUCCAAGACAUUGUCUGAGGAAAUCAGCGCCAAACAGGAAAUUGCGACUGCCACAGAAGCAGAGAUUGAUGCUACCCGUAACGGGUAUGAACCAGUAGCUGUGCAUUCUGCUAUACUGUUCUUCUGUAUAUCUGACUUGGCAAACAUUGAACCAAUGUACCAGUAUUCCCUCACAUGGUUUAUCAACCUCUACUUACAGUCCAUUAUUAACAGUAAGAAGUCGUCAGAACUUGAGGAGCGAAUAGAAAACCUGAAUGAACACUUCACAGACAGUAUUUACAGGAACGUUUGUAGAUCCUUGUUUGAGAAAGACAAACUUCUCUUUUCAUUUGUGCUCUGCAUUGGAAUCUUGAAAGGAAAUGGUAAAGUAGAUGAUGAAACAUGGAGAUUCCUGUUAACUGGUGGAGUGGCUUUAGAUAAUCCCCAUCCAAACCCUUGUUCUGAUUGGCUGACAGACAAGUUGUGGUCGGAGAUAGUCAGAGUCUCUAAUCUUUCAGCUCUGAAUGGAUUUAUGGAUAGCUUCCAAGAGAAUACAGAUGCAUGGAAGAAAGUGUAUGAUGACCUCAACCCACACAUUGCUAAGUAUCCUGCGCCUUGGGAUACAAUAGAUGGCCUUGAUAAAAUGACGGUUCUCCGCUGCCUGAGACCGGACAAAAUAGUGCCAGCUGUCCAGGAAUUUAUCGUGAAUAACAUGGGCCAGAGUUUCAUUGAGCCUCCAACUUUUGACCUAGCUGGGAGCUUUGCCGACUCCAACUGCUGCGCCCCUCUCAUCUUUGUUCUGUCUCCUGGUGCUGAUCCCAUGGCUGGGCUUUUGAAGUUUGCCGAAGACCAAAAUCAAGGAGGAAAUCGCAUCCAGACAAUCUCGCUUGGACAGGGUCAAGGUCCAAUUGCAUCCAAGAUGAUUGACAAAGCCUUGGUUGAUGGAACGUGGGUGGUGCUACAGAACUGUCACUUGGCUACCAGCUGGAUGUCAAAGUUAGAAAAGAUCUGUGAGGAAGUGAUCAUUCCAGAGAACACUCAUACUGACUUCCGUCUCUGGCUGACUAGUUAUCCCUCAGAAGACUUUCCAGUGUCAAUUUUACAAAAUGGUGUAAAGAUGACCAAUGAACCGCCCAAAGGAUUGAGGGCUAAUCUACUGCGAUCUUAUCUUAAUGAUCCCAUAUCUGAUAAUGAAUUCUUUUCAAGUUGCAAUAAGCCAGAGGUAUGGCAGAAGAUGUUGUUUGGGUUAUGCUUCUUCCAUGCAUUGGUUCAAGAGAGAAGAAAAUUUGGUCCAUUGGGCUGGAAUAUUCCGUAUGAAUUCAACGAAUCUGACUUAAGAAUCAGUAUGAAACAACUUGUGAUGUUCAUCAAUGACUAUGCUGAAGUUCCCAUGGAUGCCCUUUUGUACCUGACUGGUGAAUGUAACUACGGUGGCAGAGUCACUGAUGAUAAAGACAGACGAUUGCUGAUAUCAUUACUGGAUCAGUUCUAUGUCAUGGACUUGGUCAACACAGAUAAAUACAAAUUAUCUGCGAGUGGCGACUACUACGUUCCAGUCCACGGGAAUCAUCAGAGUUACAUUGACUAUAUAAGAUCAUUACCAAUUAUACCGCAUCCAGAAGUAUUUGGACUACAUGAGAAUGCAGACAUCACUAAAGAUAAUCAAGAAACACAGACGCUGUUUGACAGUAUUUUAUUGAUGUUGCCAAGGCAGUCGGGAGGAGGAGGUAAAUCCUCCCAGGAAAUCAUUGAAGACCUAUCAGCUGACAUCUUAUCUAAAAUACCGCCUGAUUUUGAUAUUGCUAUGAUUAUAAGAAAGUAUCCAGUGGUGUACAACGAAUCCAUGAACACUGUGUUGAGGCAAGAGCUGAUUCGAUUUAACAGAUUGAUCAGUGUGAUCCGAAUAAGUUUACAAAACUUACAGAAAGCCAUUAAAGGUUUAGUGGUGAUGUCAUCAGAACUUGAAGAUGUCUUUGAUAGCAUGUUGAUUGGUAAAGUGCCUGCUAUGUGGAUGGCAAAGUCGUAUCCAUCACUAAAGCCACUGGGUAGUUACAUCACUGACUUCCUUGCAAGAUUAAAGUUCUUCCAUGAUUGGAUCGAGAACGGUGCACCCAACGUAUUCUGGUUGUCAGGGUUCUAUUUCACCCAAUCUUUCCUCACUGGUGUAAGCCAAAACUACGCCCGUAAGUACACUAUUCCCAUUGAUUUCCUUGGUUUUGAGUUUGAUGUCAUGGACCAAGAAGACGACAUGGACUACAAACCUGAAGAUGGAGCCUUUGUCCAGGGCCUGUUCUUAGAAGGUUGUAGAUGGGACAGAGAGAAGAAAGUGCUUGGAGAAUCCAAUCCCAAGAUCCUCUUUGAUCCUGUGCCAAUUAUAUGGUUAAGACCGGGUGAGGUAAGCAAAUUUGAACCCAAGCCUACAUACACCUGUCCAAUAUACAAGACUAGCGCUCGCCGUGGCGUUCUGUCAACGACUGGACACUCAACAAACUUUGUACUGUACCUGCAACUCCCGUCAGACAAGCCGCAAAAUUACUGGGUUAACAGAGGAGUGGCUAUGCUGUGUCAGCUGGAUGACUAAGUGGGUGUCCUCGUCAGUCAAAAUUAGUUGCCAAAAAAGUUUACACAUUCCAUAAUUGUUUAAUUGAUGCCAAAUAGCUUUGUUGUAGCGUGUCAAUAUUACAUUAAAUCAAGUGUGCCUUAAAUAUUCACAGAUACUGUGUGCUGUGCUUUGGAUGCAUCCUCACCAUGACAUUAUAUAUAUUUUACAACAGGUGGUGUGCCAAAUUCUUUUAAUUGUACUAUGGUGUUAUUUAUUCAUGCGUUGUUGUGGUGAUUCAGCGUUUUUUUUUAUUAAAUUACUUUGUGACUGGGUAAGGUGUUACAAAUAACUGAUCAAAAACAUUUCUCAUCUCAGAAAUGAGAAUUUUUUUUUUUUGUACAAACAUUUCCUGGUUUUGCCAAUUUAUUUGAUUCAACUCUGGAGUCAUUAGAAAUUAGUUCAAUUCAGUUUAUGUUUCCUAUCAAAUCCGUCCAAUAGUGUGUAAUACUAACUUGAAAAGUGCUUUCUCCGUCCACUGACUCACCUACUUGUAAUUCAAGUAAUUUACAAAAUGCCAAAUUUAUUUGUCAUCUUUGUUUUUAAAGCAAAGAAUUAUCUGUUCAUGGCAUUUACAGUUGUUAAACGAUUGCAUCAAAUGUGCAUUCCCUUUUUAAUUAUUAUGGUACUGUCUAUUGCUUUGUCUUUGUGGACUAUUCCAUUCAUUUCAGGGUGGAUUUCUUGAAAAUUGUAAAUA